UACAUCACUAGUUUGACAUUGAUUUUCUUUUAUAUUUCGAGUUGUAUUUUGUGCUGUUUUAUACGUCGGUUUUUCUAACUUUUUUUGGAGUAUCCUCUUUAAAAUAAGUAAAUAUUUUAUUAAUACAAUCUUCACUUUGUGUCUUUGAAGUAUCUUUGAAAAAAAAAAUUGAUUCUGGAAAAGCAAGCAAUCCAAGAUGAUUACAGAUAUGCAGUUAGCGAUCUUCUCUAAUAUUUUGGGCGUUUUCCUAUUUCUACUGGUUGUGGCUUAUCAUUACAUUACGGCCAACACAACAAAAAGUAUAACAAAGACAAAAUAAAUAUUUUUCAAUUACCAACUAUUCUAUUAUUAUAUACUUAAAUAUAAAUUAAUUCACGGUGUUUGGUCUGAUCCUUUAGCAUGACCAAAUGAGAAUUCCAUAUUUACGUUAGGGCUAUCUAGAGGAAUAUCCAUUGCUUCACUCAUCUCGGAAGAAGUUUUAGAUGAUCUUCCGCACAACUGCUCAAACCUGUAGUUCGCUAGAAAUUUGUGUGCAUUAAUACAGUGCUCUUUACGUGCCUGUGGCGUGAGCAUUUUUUGUUUACACUCCUGCAGGAAACAUGAAUACAUCGCUUCACCACGUUCUACACGAAUGGCGAAAUAAGAAUCGUGACGCUCCGAAAUAUGUAACUCAAGCAAAUAAGCAGUUGGCAAAUAUCGCCGGCAAAUAGAACAUAUGAAUCGAUGAACGAUUUUGAAAUGUGCUUGAUAACUAGAGAUAUCCUCAAAAUCAAGAGUACAACCAGGAAUAUUACAAAAGAAACUAAUCGGGUUUGUUGCCACAGGUUCUUCUUGCGGUUCAUUUGCGACCGCUAUAACACCAAGUUUUUUGUAUUUUGGUAUAUACAUUUCAUUAGCUGCAGAAAAGCAAAUAUCGUCCGGUGAUUUGUAGCCAAAGGGAAUAUUGUUUAACAAUUCUAUUAAUUCAGCAAUUGACAACAUCUUACUUGAUGAAGAUUUUAAUAAUGUAAAAUAAUGUUGCCAACUAAAUCACCUCCUAACAAAUCAA